AUGCUCACCCGAGAGGUUCCCUGGUGCUCACUAAAAGUCUUAAGUACAGAUGAAAUUGCGAAGUCUCCAGUGGUUAUCGUUAAAAAUCAUGUCGAACGACAAACUCCACCAACAACAUCCAUCAUUCGAAUGUCUAACAUUGUAACACCACCUUCUUCGACACUUACAACAAUAACUGAGUCACGUCAAAACAUACCCGCAGCAUCCAUUGUUCAAAUUGAUGAACCGAAGUCAACAUCAAAUGUCACAAUAAUCAACAAAAGCCAAACAACCGCUGUUCAAACGGAACCAUCGUAUUCUAAUUCCUCAUCAGUUCGUCCACCACCCGGUCGUUUUUGGCCAGAUAUGCGUCAGCUACGACAAAUUUCAGAAUCACAAUCUGACUAUCAGGUAUUGCCACCAUCAAAAGAUGUUGUUGUUCUAACAGAACGACCUGCUGAAAUAGUAAAAACAACUAACAUCAUAAAUGACACCGUCACCGAUGUAUUAAGACCUGUUCCAACGGUAGAAACAAAAACUAUUGUAACAAAACCAACGAUUGUUGCCACAGAUAGCGAUAUAGUAAGUCGUCGAAGAAAAAGUCGUUAUAAAAAUCGGAGCUAUCGUAAUCGACGUCGAUCGAUAGCCAGUACAGCAUCAACAUAUUCUAGUUAUUCUACUACUUCGGGUACGUUGUCAAGUGCACGAACACUUACACCUCGGCCUCAUAGAACUCAACAGCGUACAAUUAUUCAUCAACCGACGGUCGUUACUCAACCAAUUCAAACGCAAAUUAUAACAGAACCAAUGAUUACUGUUGUACCUCAUCGUCGCUUAAUUCGUCGUGUUAAACGAGCAAAAACUCAAAGCGGUUACUAUAGUUCAGAUCUAGAUCAUGGUUUUCGUCGCGUGUAUAAAAGUGAUUAUAAAUACCGACAUUAUUAUUAUUGUAAUUGGUUUAAAGGUAGAUGUGAUUUAAAAAAUCGAUCAUGUGGCUGUUGUGAAUGGUUUUACGGGUGUCCUGUGUGGAUGCUUGUUUUGCUCAUGCUUCUUUUCCUUGGAAUACUUGUAGCCUUUUUUACUCUAUUAGGUUUACAACCGACGAUAAAUGCGGCGCGUCGCUCACAAACCGCUCAAAAUCGUCUAUUAAAUAAAACUGUAAUCGUUUAUGGAUUUUUAGAAAAUUGCGGUUAUGGAACAGCAGGCGCUGGAACAACAUUACCAUUGUGUAUAAAUACAAUUUCAACUACAACAGUGCAGCAAUUCCCGACAUUAGGCUUUGAAAUCUCACCGGACAUAAAUUCCAAAGAUGCGGCAUUGUAG